AUGGCUAAUAUUCAUAUAUUCCUCCUUUUCUCGAUGUUUUUUUGGAAUCGGUGUCUGGCAAACCAACCAAACAUUACAUUUCCAUUGCAAGAAGAAAUGCCAAAUAAUACGAUGAUUGGGAGCAUCAUAGAAGAACUAGAUCUAGCAACCAAACUGGAACCCAGCGUCCUUGAUAGAAUCCAAUUUAGAUUCAUGGAUGGGUCUGCCAUUCCAAAUUUAUUUCGCAUUGAAAGCGAUAGCAGUAAGAUUUUUACUACAGGAGUUAUAAAUCGUGAAGAUGAAAGCGUUUGUAAGUUUAAAGUAGAGUGUUUCUUUGAUUUCGAGGUAUUAGUUGGAACACCUUCAUCGUCCGAUUAUUUUGAAAUUAUUACCAUCCGCAUCAAUAUCACGGAUAAAAAUGAUAAUACACCAACAUUUUCUAGAUCAUUAAUUGUCUUAAAUAUUUCGGAAUCAACUGCUGUACACAAAAGUUUUCUAAUCGAAAGUGCACAGGAUUUAGAUCGUGGUGUGAAUAAUUCUAUACAAUCGUAUGAACUUGUUUCUCUACAAGCACAAUCUGACUUUGUUCUCCACCAGGAAGCAAACGCAAUAGAUUUCAUUUUAAACUUGGAGGUAGACAAGGAACUUGACUACGAACGACAAACAAAUUAUGAACUUAUCCUAUUGGCAAGGGAUGGGGGUGUUCCAUCCCGUACUGGAACUCUCACUAUUCAAGUUAACAUUUUGGAUGAAAAUGACAACAAACCUAUUUUCAAAGACCCCUCUGUGAACAUUACAGUUACUGAAGAUCUUCAGCCAAACAGCCUCAUUUUCACAAUGGAUGCUACUGAUAAAGAUUCUGGAAAACUGGGUGAGGUUUUUUAUCGGUUACGGAAAUCACAGCCCCAGGAAAUAUACGAACUCUUUGAAAUUGGAGAAGAUGACGGGCAGUUAACGGUGAAAGGAACCUUAUCCUAUCAACCAGGAAAGGUAUACACAAUAAUAAUCGAGGCCUCAGACAAGGGCAGUAACCCUCUUGUGUCCUCUGCUGUUGUAAGACUAACAGUGCGGGACUCUGGAAAUAAUGCACCAAAGAUAAGCCUCAGUUUUAUAUCAGAUAAGUAUCCAGACAAGGUUGAGAUCUGCGAAUGUGCGGAAUUACAAAUGUUUGUCGCUCUCAUCCAGGUUUCUGAUAUAGAUACAGGAGCUAAUGGUGAGGUAACCUGUUCUACAUUCAGUACAUAUUUCGGACUUUCUAGUUUUGGAAACCAAAGAUAUAAGGUCAUAGUUCAACACAAACUGGACAGAGAGUCGAUUCCAGAACAUAAUAUCACAGUUACAUGUCGCGACAAAGGAACGCCACAACUGGAUGGGUCAGUUACUUUCACAGUUAUCGUAUCCGACGACAAUGACAAUCCACCCAAAUUUUCGCAGCAUUACUACAGCAUUAGCAUGGAGGAAAACAAUGCUCCUGGUCAAGAGGUUAUCCAGGUUUCUGCUACAGAUGAUGAUAUUGGGGAGAACGGCGUUGUGAGUUAUGCUAUAGAUCCACCUACAGAUCUACGAUUUGAAAUUGAUUCAAUUACAGGUGUGGUUCGUGCCAACAUGGUGUUUGAUAGAGAGGCUACUGCUCAUGUGACCUUGAGUGUCAUUGCUAUGGACAACGGAUCAGCACAGCUCAACGCUACAGCAACUGUUGUGAUAGAUAUCAUUGACCAAAAUGACAGAGAUCCAGAAUUUCUUAAAAGCAUUUUCCCAUUCAGAAUCUCAGAAAAUCUCCCUGCAGAAACACCUGUUGGUUCAGUAACUGCUGUAGAUGAAGACCAAAGUUCCAAUGGUGAAGUGAAGUACAGAUUUCCACCAGGUUUUGAUGUCUAUUCUGUUCCAUUUGUUAUAUAUCCUAGUGGUGAGAUCAAAACCACAAAAGAGCUUGACCGUGAAGACCUCAGUCGAUACGACUUUGCUGUCGAAGCCUACGAUCAGGGAAAUCCAUCAAGAACUGGGUCAACACAGGUUGUAAUUACAGUUACUGAUAGCAAUGACAAUACCCCACAGUUCAUAUUUCCAAACGAGGAAAAUUACACAAUCUCCAUCCCUCACACAACUCCUGAAGACAGUAUCAUCGCUUCCAUUCAGGCUUAUGAUAUGGACGAUGGUGAAAACGGAAAAGUCAUGUUCUUCAUCAGAAGAGGGGAUGUUGAUAAUAUGUUUUAUCUGAAUCAUGAAACUGGGAGUCUUCAUAUCCGUAGGACUUUUGAAUUUCACGAGGAUAAGCAAUAUACUCUGACCUUAGAGGUCAAAGAUCGUGGGUCACCCAUUGUUCAAUCCAAGGAUCGUGACCUCCACAUUAUAGUGAGAUAUGUUAACACUACAACGAUGGUGACGACACCUCAGGACGCUGAUAAAUUUGUGCUCAUUGUCGUUUCUGUUGUGUGUGUAACUGUCGUGCUCUCCAUUGGCUUAAUUGCAGUAAUUUGUGUGCUACGUAAACGGGAAAAAGACAAAAAUAAUAAUCCAGAGUUAUCUUUCCCUACUCAGUGUACAAGUAUACCUAACCUGUAUGACGAACCUAAUCCAUCGUCACAAGGGAAAUCAAAGGCGAAAGCAAAAGUGAGCUUUUCUCUGGAUUCAAAGUCUCAGUUCACGAAGAAUCAGCUGUUACAGAAACUGACAGGCUCACCAACUGGGAACAAGCCAGAAGUAAAAGACACAGAGAAACUCGUAGUACACCUACCCAGUGGACAGAAAUACCCGCCAAGUCACCCAGAAAAACUCAACAACUACCACCAAAAACAGGUGGUAGUGUCCAAAUCUCACCAAGAAGAGAGUUUAAGCGAGUCGUCAGGGGAGACACUUCCAUCAGACAGUGGACAUGGAGGAAGUGAAGAAGAUUUUUCACAUGCAGAUAAUCAAAAUACUUUCGAACUGAAUCCACUGUUUGCCCAGGGGAAGGACACGCCUGGAAUAUAUGUGAUACGACAACAUAGUCAUGGUGGCAAUUCUGACGUUCCUAUUACAAAACCUCUGAAAAAUCACAACCGAUACUCAUUGCCGCCAGGCAUCAAAGUGCCAAGUGCUCCUGUAAAAAACUCUAAUCGUUACUUAGACGACAGUUUAUUAACCUCUAGUGUGAAUUCAACAAUGUGCUCUACAAAUCGUAGUCAAAAUUCACAUAAAAACAAUUCAAAUAAUGUGAAUACUUUGCCUACGAUAUUUGACUUGCAAUCAAAAGGCCAUUCCAGUUUUGAUUUUGGGAGUGGUUCAUUGUUUUAUGGUAAAGAUUUAACACUUGGCAGCCAAAGUGCACACAGUAGAGACGAUGAUGAGGUCACAACCACGUCAGGGAGUUAUACGAUAAAUCCUGACGAAUUAGAUGAGGAUUUUUCCAUUCGGCCAAACGACCUCUAUGUAUGAAGGACAGUAUUUGUGAAAUA